UCAUCCCAUCCUUCACUUUCUUAACUUUUAUGCGCUUUUGCUCCGUCCAUGGAUUCUUCCUGCAUUACAGACUCUUGUCAUCGAGCUCAUCGAUUCUCCCAUGGUGACACAGUCUUCUCCGUCUCCCUCCCUCUCUUGCAUCGAGACCGUGCCUCACAGAUCAUCGCACGUUUCUCCGUUCGAAGCCUCCAGUUCCUAUCAUAAUCACGGCGAUCCCUCGGAAUCCAAGCCUUUGCAAGAUGUUCAUAUCUCGGAAAGGUUGAUGGAGGAUUUUGCCGAACUCGCGAGAGAGAACACUGAGAAGGACCUCGAGACGUGCGGGGCUCUCGGUGCCUUUCUCGAAAGAGGAAUUUUUUAUGUGACCACUCUGAUAAUACCUAAACAAGAAUCGACUUCGAAUUCUUGUCAAGCUCUGAACGAAGAGGAAGUCUUUGCCAUACAAAACGAACAUGCUCUUUAUCCUGUGGGGUGGAUACAUACUCAUCCUUCUCAGGGUUGUUUCAUGUCAUCAGUAGAUCUGCAUACUCAUUACUCAUAUCAGGCAAUGGUACCAGAGGCUUUUGCUAUUGUCGUGGCUCCUACCGAUAGUUCGAGGAGGCAUGGGAUAUUUAGGCUAACGGACCCUGGAGGGAUGGAUAUACUGAGAGGCUGCGAAGAAACAGGAUUUCAUCCUCACAAAGAACCCGAAGAUGGGACCCCUCUUUACGAGAACUGCUCAAACGUAUACAAGAACUCGAACCUUAGGUUUGAGAUUUUCGACCUGCGUUGACAAAGGUACGAUCUUUGCCUUUGUGAAAACGACUCAGAAACAACAAACUGGCAAUUGACUGUUGAUAAUAAGCAAUAACAAAGAACUGCUGCAUAGUCAGAGAAGAUGUGUAAGCUUUCGGUUUCUGAAUAGUGAACACCACCAACUGGUAAAGCUUGAAAUGUAGAGAAUGUGAAGGCUUGGGUAUUUUGCGAGUUAAUGAUGUUAUCUCUCUCUCU